AUGGUAUUAAUCGAAAGUCCUUUUGCUCAAACGACAAAAGAAGGAAGAGGACUUAGACAAGUGCAUUUAGGUUUAACCCCGUCGAAAUUAGUGCUGGCAACGGACGUUUUGCCACCAGUUGAAAAAUCUAGCGUGAAAUUCCUCCCGGGAAUCGAUCCCGACAUCGAAACGUUCGAACUAAUCGCUAUUUACCCCAUCAAUUGCGUGAAUUUGAGUGUUUACCGCAGACGCAAACGGCAAACGAUCAAAGCGCAUUUUUGCAACAACCGCGUUUUUUACUUCGAACUCGGAGGGUUCGAGAACCGUACUGUAAGUCCCCCCUCACAAAUUGCACUCCCACGAGAAUGA